AUGAAACCAGACAUUUCCAUAUUUGUAUGGUUUUCGUACAUCUUAUGCGGUCUUGCGAUUUGGUCCAUCCUGGGUAAUUGUCUACCAAUCGCGGCAAUCGUCAAGCAGGAGACACUGCACAAACCGGUCUACAUUCUGAUGGCCAACCUGGCAGCAAGUGACAUUUGCACUGGUGUAAGCUUACUCUCCAUGAUCUGUUACCUGGUCCUUGUCUUGAUGCUGGUCUUCAUACCAAUGGCGGCAAUGGGCCUCAAUGUUAGCGUCUUCUGGUGUCUGUGGCAGCAGGUUAGCGCUAUCAGGCGACAAGAAGCCGCAGUGCACGCCCAACACAGCACCAGUAGGAAAUCAUCAAUCACCGUUCUCAUCAUCACCAUUCUGUUUCUAGUAGGGUGGCUGCCAUUUUGCAUCAAAAUCGCCGACGGCAUUGCCUGCAAACAAGACUGCGGCAUCACAGGCCCGCCCAUGCUAGGGUUUGUCAUCGUAAAUUCCGCGCUUAAUCCAAUCGUCUACGGCUUUCGGCUGAAAGACAUUCGCCGUGGUAUUAAGCGUCUCUUCUUCGGUCGUGCCGCAAACGCAUUGCACCCGAAGAAAAGGACAACUGCAUUUGUUUUGACGACGGUUCAAAAAUAA